AUGAUGCUGCAUAAAGCGAUCCAGGCAGCACGUGAGGGAGAUCUGGAGGCUCUCAGGGUCCUGCAGGCGUCCGGGGGUCUCACGCCGGGCAUCUCUGAUGAUCAGGGGGCCACGCCAGUUCAUCAUGCUGCACGUGGGGGUCAGAUGGAGUGUCUACGCUUCCUAGUGAGAGAGGCAAGCUUCAAAGGGAACACACGUGCCAGGAACGGAGCCACGGCCGCACACGACGCCGCCGCCACUGGGCACGUGCAGGAGCUGCAGUGGCUUCUGGGACACGGAGAGUGCAGGCUGGAGGAUCAGGAUGGUGAAGGAGCCACAGCUGUACAUUUAGCAGCUCGUUUUGGACGAGCUGAAGCUCUGCAGUGGCUCCUGACUGCAGGGGGCAGCACUGAGCUCCAGACACACUGUGGGGCUCUUCCUGUCCACUACGCUGCUGCAAGCGGAAACCUCACCUGCCUCAAGCUGCUCAUAUCCCACUCACCACGAUGUGUGGACCAUCAGAUGCACACGGGAGCCACGCCCCUUUACCUGGCCUGUCAGGAGGGGCAUCUGCACGUGGUGGAGUUUCUGGUGAAAGACUGUGGAGCAAACGUCCAUCUGCAGGCCCGAGAUGGGAUGAGCGCCCUACACGCCGCCGCACACAUGGGCCACCACGCGCUGGUGGUCUGGCUGGCAUCGUUCACAGACGUGGACUUGUCGUGUCAGGAUGUAAAUGGAGCCACAGCUCUACACUUCGCUGCCAGUGAAGGACACCAUCGCAUCCUGGAGCGUCUGCUGCUCAUGGAUGCCAAAAUCCUGAGAGACCACUGGGGCGGGACGCCGCUGCAUGAUGCUGCAGAGAACGGAGAAGUCGAGUGUUGUCGGAUCCUGAUGGAACAUCACGUCAGUCCACUGGAGAAGGAUGUGGACGGGUUCAGUGCAGUGGAGCUGGCAGAGUAUAACGGCCACCGUGACUGUGCUGCUCUCCUCCAGUCAGGGUUUUAUGAGUCAGAAGAGUGUCUUCUUUCCCCGGAGAUCAUUCUGAUAGAAGAGGAGAGGACACUGUUUGGGACAGAAGGUCAGGAUCUAAACAUUACUGAGCAGUCCAGUGAGCAAAGUUGCACAACUGCUAUGGAGAACAGCAAGCAGCCGGUGAAGGAGGUUCCUCCUCAGCCUUGUCUCUAUCCUUCGAGCCUUGAUUGUUCACCCUCACAAUCCACUAGCAACGGAAUCAGCUCCAUUCAUCAUGUCCAAGCUGCUUCAACUGUUGUGGCCACCAUGAGAAAAUGCUCAGAGGAAAGUAAGGCACUGGUGCCUCAGACAAAGUCCAUAAGAUCCUGGAGACAUGCGGGAAUAACAGCAGUCUUUACAGGACAUGUGAAAGUUGAAAAUGGAAUGGUUGAGCUCCCAGCGGAGGAAUUGAAUCUCGCUGAUAUAGACUCGCUGGUUCCGACACACGAUGAACACGGGAAGCCGAUUGCAGAGUGGAAGAGGCAAGUAAUGGUGCGUAAACUUCAAGCAAGGCUUCAAGAUGAUGAAGACCAAUGGAGAAAGGAUGACAAAGCUAUAGAUGGCUGGAGAUAUUCCAAGGUUCACAACGCUAUUUUGGGCCCCUUUGGUGAAUUACUAACAGAGGAUGACUUGGUAUACUUGGAGGGACAGAUUGAGACCGUUUCCCUGCAGAAAAAGUGUCAGGCCUAUGAGCUGGAGUUAACACGUCUGGUCGAGCAACUCCAAACUCUCCUACCUGCUCCCAUUGUUAACAUCACCAUCAACACUCAGUUUCAGCAGAAGCCAGAGCUGAAGGACACUCUUGCACUUCCUGUCUGGUGUAACCGUAUAUCAGGGAUUGUGAAGAGCAUGUCCCUGCUUCUUAAUAACCUGUCAGAGAAAAGCAACAAAAGUGUAGAGGACAGUGUCUCCAAAAUGCCCGACAAAGAACUGGCAUCAGUGUUCUCAACCCAGCCGGAAAGGUACAAAGCCAAGCGAGAGAAGGUGGAAAUGGAGAUUCAGUUGUCAGGAGUUUCUGUGAGGAAUUUAAGAUCCACCUUUGAAGGUCAGAUUGGGAACAUCUAUCCAUUUUCAGGGAUGUUAAAUAACAUAUCUAAUUCCACUCCCAAUCAGCAGAAUGUGCCCAAUUCCUCACAAACAUGUGUUGUCCUAAAUAAAGACCUUAAUCUUGUUAAUGACUGUAACCUAAAUUGCAAACAUACCACCAGCGAGGAACCAGCUAAGGUUCUGGAGACCACCAGCUUGCGCAAAGAGAGAAUUGUUGUCUUGUUCUUAGGCCACUGGAAAAAGUCUGCCUAUGCAAUCUCAAUGAGAGCUAAAAUGAAACAUGAACUAGACACAGAGAGAUCACCUGAGACUUACAUUAAAGGUCACAGUGUGCCGACUCCAGUCCCUCAGUCAACUGGUAGCUCCCUGUAUCAUCUCUACAGACAAAGGACAGCUAUAGACAAAAUGAUUCGAAACUGGAGGGCUAUCAACUCAGGGGUUCCCUCACGCCAGAUCCGGAGCCUCCAGAGAAAGACGAUCACUUAUUCCCCUGAGCACUUCCUCCCUCGAGUAGAUGGUGCACCCAUGCCUUAUGAAAAUUUGACCCUUGACCUGUUCAUGCUGGGGUACUUCCAUAUCCUGGAGCAGGAUUUGCCUGCUGAUGAGCGCAAAAUGAGACACCUUCUCUGCUUUGAAGUUUUCGACCAUGUCGGGGACUUCCCAUGGGAGACAGUUAGAGAAUUCCAUCGGGCUGUCCUGAGGGACAUAGAGGAUGGGAAACGGCAAUGGAAAGAUGGCUUCGAAGACAUCAAAGCCUGCUUUUUUGGGACAAAAACAAAGGUACCCGGUAACAGAUCUCUGAAGGACUCUGAGGUUAGGACAGUUCCUAGAGUCAUGGUUGAGGAUGUUGUGUCAGAUGAAGGAAAGCACACUGAAGAUCGGAACACAGACUUGUCAUGUUUUACUAAUGAUGAAAUCUGUAAAUACAUUGACCGUAGCUUUGUUUUCUGGAAGGAGAAGGAAGCUGAAUUAUUCGACUUUGAACAUUAGAGCUCGGUUUAGAUGGUUCUGUUUCUAGAUCCUUAUAUAUU